AUGUCGGCCCUUCCACCUCCACCUCCCCCGCAAUGGGUUGUCGCGCUCAACUCCCCGAUGCCCCGUCCUUCGAAGGCGGCCAACAGCAUCCCGGAUCCACCUGGCUUCACGAGCUCGAAUACCCGGGGAGGAAAACAGCGUCAGCAACAGGAUAAACAACCAGCCACGAUGAGACCCGAAGAGACCGACACCCUCAAGCUGAAAAAGGCCUGGGAAAUCGCCAUGGCGCCAUCCAAGCAAUUGCCCAUGCAAGCCAUCAUGAUGUACAUGUCCGGAAACACUCUCCAGAUUUUCAGCAUCAUGAUGGUUCUUAUGCUAUUCAAGGGUCCUAUUCAGGGCUUGAUCAACACCAACGCCGCCUUCGCCAAAUACGAGACCCCGACAACAAAGGCCCGUCUAUUCGGAGUGAAGGCUGUCUAUGUGUUGAUGCAGCUUCUGCUAUUCGCCCUUGGAGUUUGGAAAGUAAAUGGGAUGGGACUAUUGCCAACUACAAGAUCGGACUGGCUCGCUUGGGAAUCGGAGCGCCAGCCUUUGGAACGAGCCUUUUUCGCAUUCAACUAA